CACCAUUAAGAAACUCAAUAAUAUUAUUUAGUUGUCUUCGUGAGAGUGUGUUUCAAAUUUUCAAGCGUUGUAUUCCGAGCGAAGCAAGCUUUCCAAAAAUUUUCCUUUUUUUCCUGCUCCAUAAUAUCUCGAUGAUAAAGAAGCAUUAAUUUAAUUCACUUCGAUACGGAACACGAAACUCUGAAACAGUUCAAAGUCAAAGACGAGUGUUGUACAAGGUCGUCAAAGUUUUUUGCGGUCGUAAUAUUUUGUCGUAAAUAUAAAUCGGCAAAUUCCACUUGAACGUGAGCCAAUAGUGCGUGAGGUUUUCGUUAUCUGGGACAUUUGGUCCAUCUGGGACAUUUGUUCCAUCAUUGGAAGGAUAUUGUACCAGAUAAAAUUCCAAAUUCGUUUAUCAUGGACCCUCUCUUCAAGGUUGUAUUAUUUGUACUGAAAAUCUUGAGAGUGAUUCUUCGCCCUUUAAUAGUUUACGCAUCAAGAGGAAAGAGAAAAAUUGUACCACCACUCAGAAAUCGAUUACUGGAAAUAAGCGCCACUGAUUUAGCUAGAAAAAUUCGCAGGAAAGAGUUAUCCAGUGAAGAAGUAUGCAAAGCCUACAUAGAGCGCAUAAAAGAAGUGAACCCUUUUCUGAACGCCGUCGUCGAAGACAGAUUUGAAAAAGCUCUAGAAGAUGCUAGAAACGUCGAUAAAUACCUGAAAGAAAGUAAUUUGAAUGAAGAAGAACAGGAGAAAAUCAAACCGUUGUUGGGCGUUCCUCUCACUGUCAAAGAAAGUUGUGGAGUGCAAGAAAUGGAGCAAUCUGUAGGCCAUCUACCAAGAGCUGGAGUGAAAGCUGAAUCUGAUGGUGAAAUAGUUUCAAGACUGAGAGCAAGUGGCGCUAUUCCUUUAAUAGUUUCAAAUACACCUGAAUUGUGUUUGUCUGUGGAAAGCACCAACUUCAUUACUGGUACAACCAAUAAUCCUUUUGACACCACAUGUACAAGCGGUGGAUCAUCAGGAGGAGAGGGUGCUUUACUGGGUGCUGGAGCAUCAAUUAUUGGAGUUGGUUCGGAUAUUGCAGGAUCCAUCCGAAUUCCAGCUUUUUAUAAUGGUAUAUAUGGACACAAACCAACUCCAGGGGUAGCGUCGAUAAAAGGACAUUAUCCUUAUUGUCAAGACGUGAAAUAUGCAGAUUUUCUCGUUAUUGGGCCAAUGACCAGAUACGCACGAGAUCUCAAGUUGAUGAUGGCAAUAAUGAUAGAUCCAAACCAGAAAUCGAAGCUAAGGUUGCAGGAAGCAGUUGAUUUGUCCAAACUCAACGUAUUUUUCAUGAGAGAUGCAGAUAAUUAUGUACUGCCUGGUGUACAGGAAGAAAUAAAGAAAGCUGUUGAAACUGCUGCUACAUAUUUGAAAGAAAAAUGCGGGUCACACAUUUUUCCACACAUAAAGAUGCCAGUUAAGGACACGACCAAUGUUUGUGCUCAACUUCUCUAUUCGAUAGAGGAUAUUCCAAAUCCGUUGAAAUCAGAUGACUCCAGUCUAGAGAUGGAAUUUCUUAAAGGCUUAUUCGGAUUUUCAAAAUACACCACUCAUCUCACAUUUUUCUUAAUUCAGAAAAAAAUCUUGAAUGCAUGUGUUAAUGAUCGUUCCAAGCAGUGCAUUACAUGGGGUGAUACAGUUAAAGAUAUUCUUGGUGAUAAUGGAGUAUUUAUUUAUCCCACUUUUGGAUCGACUGCGAGCAAACAUGGAGAAUACAUUUUCACGUCAGCUUUCUUGGGAUACACGAUAUUUGCCAAUGCUUGGAAGCUACCUGCAACAUCUAUUCCUUGCGGUUUCGACAAAAGCGGAUUGCCGUUCGGAAUCCAGAUCAUUGCAGGGCCACAUCAAGAUCGUUUGUGUUUUGCAGUUGCAGAAGAACUAGAAAAAUGUUUUGGUGGAUGGAGACCACCAAGAUGAAGCAAUGAAAAUGGGGAAAAGCUAUGGAGUAUUUUAUUCAAUUAUGGGCUUAUUUUAUUCUGAUGUUACUGAUAAAUUCACAGUUUAUUGCAGAAAGGAAUCUGAUUAAUAAUAAAAAUGUUUAUAAAUAAUAUACAAUGAUUACUCGUA